CAUCGCCAUAACCAUCAAAGAAAAGCCUCCAAAGGAAACUUUCCACCGCUUUUAGACGUCGCCAUCCGCGGCGGCCCGCUGCCUAGCGCUCCUUGGGACGCGGGAGACCCCGCCCAACACCCCUCCGGGCCCUCCCCCUCCCCUUCUCCCCCCUCCGUCUAUGCAUUGUGGGACGGACAAUUCCCCAUCGCGGCCUUGCUGCGCAGUAACGCCUUUUGUGUCCCCGUGUUGCGCUGCCCUGCGCUGCGCUGCCUUGGUUUUUCGUGACCCUCCACUCCCGGUGACGACAAGGGCUGCCGUUGACGUAUGUACUACCCCUGCUCGCCCUCACCAAGGAUCCGACCCCGAGGAGCCUCAGCUCAGCCCAGUUAGUCCUUGACUUGUCCAGCCUCCUCCCACCCUCCUCCACCCAAGGCCACCACCACCGAUUUCCCUCUAACCGCCAACAACCGAGCCCACUUGCCUUGUCAACUCCUUCCCAUCGCUUUCACCUCACUUUUGCAUUUCUCUCUGCAGCCUCUACUCUUCCCCUUUGUCGCCUGGCUGUGUCUGACAGUGCGGCUUUCUCUUGGGCCCGUCGCCCUCUAUCACGGUCCAGCAGCGGCCCCGUGCCGUCAACCCCUCCUCCACCAGCCUUUGACCCCGACGUCUCGCCCAUCAGCCACCUCCCCCCGCCUCUCACACUUCACGGCGGCAACAAAGACUGCAGCGGCUGAAACCAACAUGGCGCAACGCGGUACAAGAAUGAACGAGUUCGAGGAGCGGGACUAUUACCCGGCUCCUCGCCGCUCUGCCCCCGAGUUUGACGAUGUCGAGUAUCGCACGACCCGCGUCGCUACCAGAAGCCCGCCUCCCCGCUCUCGCUCGCGCGUGGCCACAAGAGACGAAGAAAUAGACGUCCGCGUACGUGAGAGAGAGACGAACCGCACCCCUGCGUUCCUUCGCGAGGACGCGCGCCGCACCGAGGCUGGCCCCAUGGUUCUCCGCCAGCGCGACGUCGAGACCGUGGAUAGGCACCGUCGAAGCCCCAGCCCGGUGCGCUACCGGGAAGAGAGACUCGUCCGGCGCCCCAAGAGCGCUUCGCCCCCACCCAUGCGCGAGGAGCAUGAGCAUCUGCGGUUCGUCGAGAGGGAACGGGUCAGGAGCCCUUCCGUCGUACGCCGCAGAUCCCCCUCCCCUCUACCCAUCAGAUUUGUCCAGCGACCCCGUCGCUCUCCUUCUCCCCCGGCGCGUGAGCAUAUCCGCACCAGGAUAGUGGAAACGGAACGAGAGCGCGUCCCAUCUCCGUCUCCUUCACCACCUCCCCCGCCGCCUGUCAUUCGCGGACCGACCGUAGAGCGGGAGGUCAUUACACACUACACAGAUAUUGACCAUGGGGUCUUGCGAGCGAAGCGACCAAGCCCGCCGCCGCCGCCGCCGCCUCGAUCGCGCCCCAGAGAGCGUGAGACGGAUAUCGACAUAUCUUUGUCCAAGAAUCGCACCGAGGUGGACAUCCAUCGCUCCAGCAGCCGUGCUCGCUCGAGGAGUCGCGAGCGUCGGUCCCAUUACCAUGACGACGACCUUGACGUCGUUGUCCGUCGCGACGACCGUCUUCGUGUAGAUGAUCGAUCCAAGCAGCACCGCCGGGCGCAUUCGGCUGCGCCGCUUGGGUCGCCAGUGGACGAAGAAGCCGAUUACAUCACCGGCAAGGUGGACUCCCGUGGGCGCAUGGGUGAGGCCCGGGGCGGCGCAACCAAGGAUUGGACCAUCGUGGACGUGCCACCUGGCACCGAGCGGGUUCGGAUGGACGGCAUCGGGGGCGCCAGCACAGAUACCACAUGGUCCCGGUACAGCGGAGUGCGGCGCACGCAAUUCCUUCCCGAGAGGGAUGGGGCCGUUGUUCCCAGGGCGCCUUCCCCUGGCCCGACACGCGGGCGCACCAGCGUAGCCGUUGAUUUCAACCAAACGACCGAAAUCGAUGUCGACAUUGACCGUCGUGUCACCAAGAGACCCGCCCCUCCGCCCCCUCCGCCGCCAAAGGAGAUGUGGACAGAAAUCACCAAGGACCUUGUCGUCCGGGAGGCAAUCGAGCAGAUGGGCUACGAGUAUGAAGAAACCAAAUGGUUCUUCUACAUCAUGGAUUAUUUGCGAUAUGACGACGUAUUGCAGCUCACCGAGCUGUCGGAUCGCAUUCGUUGUGCUCGAAAGACACAGGAGAUCCGGUGGGAGCGAGACUAUUACGAUGAGUGGGACUACCCAUAUCGCCGCCAUCAUCACGACCACCACCCCCACCACCACCGACACAGGGGAUGGGACGACGAGAGGGUGCGGGAGCGGGAGGUGAUUUACGACAGCCGCAGGCCGGCAAGGUACAUGUAUUAGGUCGAUGCCGCAAUGAUGGCCCUGUUACGUGGUUGAGUCACCGGUCCGAUUGUCGCCGGCGGUGUGUUGUACUGGCAGAGCAGUGAGCGCUGCAAUUAUCGAAGGUAUCGAUGUUCCCUUAGGAGUUAGUAGGGACCGCAAGGGCGCACAGGGUCGGUUUUGAUGAGGAGUCGAGGACUGAUGCAGCAUUGUUGCGUCUGGACUCGGUACGUCGGGGAACGAUUUACGGGUUUUCAUAGCGUGUCACGAAUUAUGAUCGAGACUAUACAUAUCCAUAGCGGGAAGGAAAUGCAACGGCGCAAGAUUGUCAACGCAAUAUAGACUGUCAAAGGACUGGUAACAAAAGAAGAUGGAAAGGCUUUUGGAUGUGGA